AUGUUUAUCUUAGAAUUUAUGGUCAACGAUGAUCAGACUAUACUUAUCACUAGUCCACAUCGAUUUGGAAAAUCAACAAAUCUUUCGAUGCUCCAUACCUUCUUUGAACCAGUGUCUGAAAAGAUCCAAAAAUUUGCCCAAAUAAAAUUUUGUAUGUCCAAAUUUGCCCACUGGUUUGAUUGGCUUAUGAAGGUGAACUUUGACAAUUGGCCCAUCAUUAAUGCUGUUUUCAAUGCUUUCAAUGUAAGUAAGCCAGACAUAUCUAUUCCUUUAUAUAAGGCGACUAACGAAACAUAUUUUACUAGAGUCCUAGGAGCUAAUGUUGGCCUUGAUCAAGCAAAGAUAUCUUCAUGGACCAUCGUUAAAUUUUUUAUAUUAAGAAGCUUAAUUAGAUGA